AUGAAAUCGCAAUCUCUACCUUCGGCUGUCUUCGUCAUCUUUCUCCCAUUCGUUCUUCUCGCGGCCUCUCAAGCGGAGACCGGUAUUUCAUCAUUCGUCCACGCCACACAGUAUGGAAAUAUCACUUUCGCGGCGACACUGGCGCGGGAUGGAGAUCUCUUCUUUCAUCUAGAGGCCCCAGCGGCUAACAGCUGGGCUGCUGUGGGAAUUGGCGAGGGGAUGAAGGGAAGUUUGAUUUGGGUGUUCUAUCGAAACGACGAGGGGAAUGGCGUUACACUGUGCUCCCGCACCACAGACGGCAACGUCGAGCCCGCGCAUGUCGAGGGCUCCAACUGCGUUCUCUACGAUGGCCCCGGCGUGGAAAACGGCGUCUUCCCGAUCAACGAGACCGACUUCUUCGUUGCAAAUGUUCGCUGCAAGGACAUCGUCAGUCCGAAGAGCAAUACCACAACCGUCGUCACCACCACCACCAACAGCAACAGCAACGAGGUCCACAAGCGCCCCACCCUUCCAAGAGUCGAAUACACUUAUCCUCACCCCUACAUCUUCCCCAAGCUCUCGUCCGCCAAUCCCUCCCAAGCUUUCAUCUUCGCACUGGGUCCCACAGACCGCAAACUCCGCUCUAACAACAAAGGUGCCCCUAUCCGUCGGCACAGUCUUUAUGGCCACUUCCGUCUCGACCUCUCCGCUGCCACUGUGUCCACCGCUGCCGAAGUUCCCUACGAAGCACUCGGCGCAACCGGAACGUGGCAGAACCGACACGCGCAGCUUGGGGGAGGACUGGGUGCCGAAAAGAAUUACUCCACCAAGCGAGAUCGAGGCGGCUGGGAGGGCACGAUUCAUGCGAUUUUGAUGACGAGUACGAUGGUGAUCCUGUUUCCCGUAGGAGUGGUGUUUCUGAGGUUAGUGGAGAAAGUGAGGCCGCAUGCGGUGAUGCAGGCGAUUGGCUGUGUCUUUGUAAUUGUGGGGAUGGCGAUCGGCAUCUGGGCUGGCGGGAAGUAUAAUCAGACGAAGAGGAUAAGCCAACCCCACCAGAUUAUCGGUUUCGUUGUAGUGGCCUUCACCCUCUUCCAAUUCACCCUCGGAAUCUCCCAGCACCUCCUCUCCAAGAAACCACGGCAACACGCAGGCAACGCUAUCCAUCCGAAGAACAGACCGAAUGUAGUGCUCCUUCGCCGGAUCCACGUCCCAUUAGGCUCACUCAUCCUUAUUGCUGGCGCAGUGAACGGCUUCCUCGGAUUCCUGCUCACGGCCAAUGAGUCGUUAAGGAUUAUUUAUGCGGCGAUGGUGGGAUUCGUGGCCGUGGGGUUGGUGGUAGCGCUGACGUGGAUACGGGCUGUGAAGAGAAAGGAGAGGAGAAGAAUUGAAGAGAGGAGCGGGAUCGAUGAGGGGUCGACGUACCAGAACAAGGACGGCGUCGAGGCUGAAAAGGAUCAGAGGAUCGCGCAGGGGGAUAGAGAAAUGGGGAUAUUGGAGAUGCCGCCGUACGGUCUGCCACUGGGAUACAGUGCUCCUCCUGUUCCUAGUCGGCCUGAGAUUGUUUAG